GUCGUAAAUUUUGAAUAUUAAUGCGAGAACGAAAUCUAGUUUGAAACAAGGUCUAAAAGACAGCCAUGGCAGAUGCUGCGGCUAGAUCGCUGCAAUAUGAGUACAAAGUGAACUCUAAUCUUGUACUGCAAGUUGAUAGAACAUUGAUUGAUAGAAGAGCUCGAGAUGAAGCCACAGGAGAGGUUAUGUCCCUUACGGGAAAACUUAUUGGUACCAAGAUGGGAGAUAAAGCAAAAAAAUCUAAGCCACCUCAAAUGGAAGAAAGAAAAAAUAAACGUCAUAAGAGAGAUGAAGCACAGAGAGAUAUGAUUAAGAUGAAGGGUACAACAUUGUUAUCUGAAGGUAUUGAUGAUAUGGUAGGAAUAGUUUACAGACCAAAAACUCAAGAAACCAGACAAACUUAUGAAGUGUUAUUAAGUUUUAUACAGGCUGCUAUAGGAGAUCAGCCAAGAGAUGUUUUAUGUGGAGCAGCUGAUGAGGUAUUGGCUGUUUUAAAGAAUGACAGAAUGAGAGAAAAAGAAAGAAUGAAGGAAUUUGGGAAUUUACUAGGUCCUAUCCCAGAAGAAAGAUUUGCUUUACUGGUCAAUUUGGGAAAGAAAAUAACUGAUUAUGGUCAGGAAGAGAAAGUACAAACAUCUGAGAAUAUUGAUGAAACAUAUGGUGUUAAUGUUCAGUUUGAAGAAUCAGAAGAUGAGGACGAUGCUGAUAUGUUUGGUGAAGUACAAGAUGCCGAUGAAGCUGAUGAGGGAGAAGAAUCUAAUCUAGAUGUUACCUUACAUGCUAAUCUAUCAGAAGAAGCAACAAAGUCUGAUGGUGGAUUACAUCCCAGAGAUGUAGAUGCUUUCUGGAUUCAACGUAAACUAAGUAAAGCUUAUCCUGAUGAUCCUAAUAUGGCACAAACAAAAUCUAAAGAAGUUUUAGAGAUUUUAAAUACUGCUGGUGAUGAUAGAGAGUGUGAAAAUCAACUAGUCAUGUUACUUGGUGUUACUCAGUUUGAAUUUAUUAAAGUUUUACGUAUGAACAGACAAAUGAUUUUGUACUGUACUCUGUUGGCGUCUGCUCAGACUAAAUCAGAAAGAAAUAAGAUAGAAGAGAAGAUGAGAAAUGAUAAUGAAUUACGAGGUAUAUUAUCUACACUACAAGAGACCGAAAGAGAUGAUAUUGUUAGUGAUGAAAGAAGUAGAAGACAACAAGCUAGACAGUCUAGAGUAGCAGCUGAUAUAGAAGCUAUGGAUGUUGAUGAUAAACCUGAACUUGGUCCAGUACAGAAUUUAGAUUUAGAUGAUUUGAUGUUUGCUCAAGGAUCACAUUUAAUGGCAAACAAAAGAUGUCAACUGCCUGAUGGAUCAUUUAGAAAACAGAGAAAAGGUUAUGAAGAAGUUCAUGUACCAGCAUUAAAACCUAAACCAUUUGAUACAGAUGAGUCUUUGGUACCAAUAGAUAGACUGCCAAAAUAUGCUCAGCCAGCUUUUGAAGGGUUUAAAAGUUUAAAUAGAAUCCAGAGUAGAUUAUGUAAAGUAACGAUGGAGAGUGAUCAGAAUAUUCUAUUGUGUGCUCCUACUGGUGCUGGUAAAACUAAUGUAGCAUUACUAUGUAUACUAAAAGAAAUUGGUAAACAUGUCAAUCCUGAUGGUACUAUUAAUACUGAUGAUUUUAAAAUAGUUUAUGUAGCUCCUAUGAGAUCACUUGUACAGGAAAUGGUUGGGAACUUUUCUAAGAGAUUAAAGUCAUAUGGUAUUAAGGUUGAUGAAUUGACAGGAGAUCAUCAAUUAUCAAGAGAACAGAUUAGUGCUACUCAAAUUAUUGUAUGUACACCAGAGAAGUGGGAUAUUAUAACACGUAAAGGUGGUGAAAGAACUUAUACACAGCUAGUUAGGCUGAUGAUAUUUGAUGAAAUUCACUUACUUCAUGAUGAUAGAGGACCUGUAUUGGAAUCACUGGUAGCUAGAACAAUACGUAACAUAGAAACUACACAAGAAGAUGUCAGACUAGUUGGUCUUAGUGCUACUUUACCAAAUUAUGAAGAUGUGGCCACUUUCUUACGUGUAGACCCAAAGGAAGGUCUAUUUUUCUUUGAUAAUAGUUUCCGACCUGUUCCUCUAGAACAGCAGUUUAUUGGUAUCACUGAGAAGAAAGCUGUUAAAAGAUUUCAGUUAAUGAAUGAUAUUGUAUAUGAAAAGGUUUUAGAACACGCUGGUAAAAAUCAGAUCCUGAUAUUUGUACAUUCCCGUAAAGAGACUGGUAAAACAGCUCGUGCUGUUAGAGACACAUGUUUAGAAAAAGAUUCACUGGGUCUAUUUUUAAAAGAAGGUUCAGCAUCUACUGAGAUCUUGAGACGGGAAGCUGAGUUAGUUAAUAAUCAUGAAUUAAAAGAUUUACUAUCCUAUGGUUUUGCUAUCCAUCAUGCUGGUAUGACAAGAGUUGAUAGAACACUAGUAGAAGAUCUAUUUGCUGAUAGACAUAUACAAGUAUUAGUAUCAACCUCAACUCUAGCCUGGGGUGUUAAUCUACCAGCUCAUACUGUCAUUAUUAAAGGUACCCAGAUCUAUAAUCCAGAGAAAGGUAGAUGGGUAGAACUUGGUGCCUUAGAUGUCAUGCAGAUGUUAGGUCGUGCUGGUAGACCACAAUAUGAUACUAAUGGUGAAGGUAUUAUGAUAACUAAUCAUAGUGAACUGCAAUAUUACCUUAGUUUGAUGAAUCAACAGUUACCAGUAGAAAGUCAGUUUAUAAGUAAACUUGCUGAUAAUUUAAAUGCUGAAAUAGUACUUGGAACAGUACAGAAUGUAAAAGAAGCUGUAGAUUGGUUAGGUUAUACCUAUCUGUAUAUAAGAAUGUUACGUAAUCCUACACUAUAUGGUAUUAGUCAUGAUCAGUUAAAAGGUGAUCCUUUAUUACAACAACGCCGUAAAGAUUUAAUACAUACUGCAGCAUCUACAUUACAUAAACAUAAUUUAAUACGUUACGAUAAAAAAUCUGGCAAUUUACAGGUGACUGAGUUAGGUCGUAUAGCUAGUCAGUACUAUUGUACUAAUGAAACUAUAGCUACCUAUAACCAGUUAUUAAAACCUACACUGAGUGAGAUAGAAUUAUUCAGAGUUUUCUCUUUAUCAUCAGAGUUUAGAAAUCUUACAGUAAGAGAGGUAAGUUUUACUGAGUUUAAUUAUAGGGUCGUGUCAAUUCAGUUGUCCUGA